AUGGCGUCAGAGCGUGGGAAAAUCGACGCCCCAGCACACAUUGUGUGGUCAGGCAUUCGCUUGGACCGCGCUCUGGUAGAAACAGCUUCGGCGCCAACCGUACAAGCAGCGAACGAACAGCCGCCGUGCCUGAACUUCACCGACGUAAACCGUCAUAACUUCAAAGAUGUGCUGCCGAUCAUGCGGUCAGCCAUCCAUGAGGCGACCUUUGUCGCCAUAGACGCGGAGUUCACCGGGCUGUUCCCUGAGGGCGUCAGCGAGGACCCGCUCGACGACUACGAAGAGCGGUACAAGCGCUUGCUGGCCUCUGCCGACAACUUUGCCAUUUGCCAGUUUGGGCUGUCCGCGUUCAAGUGGCAUGCUGCUCCCGGUGCUGCCCGGGGGGGUUAUUGGGAGGCCAAGACCUUCAACGCCUACAUCUUUCCCCGCCCCGAUGACAAGACGGGCUGGGACAAGCGCUUCCUGUGCCAGUCCUCCUCCCUGGCCUACCUCGCGGAGCAGGGUUUUGACUUCAACAAGAUGAUCCGCGACGGCAUUGGUUUCAUUCCGCUGGCGGCCCGGGACGCCAAGCUUCGCAGCCUGCGGGAGGAGCUGGAUAAGACGCAGCGCAGCCGGGAGGUGCGGGGACCCGCGGAGGAGGCGCUGGUGGAGGCCACUCGGGCGCGAGCGCUGUCCUGGCUGCUGAGCGCGGAGCCGGAGCUGGUGCUGCCGCUGCCGCGCACCCGGCGGCUGCGGACGCUGAUGCGGCUGUUGCUGCAGGAGGAGUUCCAGCUGCCGUCCCUAGGGUACGACCCCUUCUCCAUAGACAUCUGCAGCAGGGGCGGCAGCGCCGGCGGCGCUAAUGGCGACGAUGGGGAGCCAGCAGCCGCAGUUGGACUAGGGGGCCCAGCGGCUGCGGAACAGGAGGGGGAAGUGGAAGAGGUGGAGCGGGUUGUUGGCAGCAGCAGCAACAGCGAGGGGGGAAGCGGCGCCAUUGACGGCGAGGCGGAGGCGGAGGCUGCGGCAAAUAGUUCCGGGGAUGAGGGUGAGGAGUUCAUGCGGCUACGGAGGUUGGAUCAGUGGCGGCCCAGUAGCCUGAUUGCCAGCGGUCAGCAGCUGACGGCACGGCAGCGAUUAGAGAUGCUUGUGGAGCAGAGCGGCUUCUCGCAGGUGCUCGACGUCCUGCGUGACGCCGGACGACCCCUCGUGGGCCAUAACGCCUCCCUGGAUUUGGCAUACACCCUGUCCCAGUUCAACGGCGUGCUCCCGCGCAACUGGCGCGCUUAUAAGGCCCUGUUGCAGCGUGCCUUUCCGGGUGGGUUGUACGACACAAAGCACAUUGCUACGCAGCUGAUCGCGGCGGGAGUGCCGGUUGGGGAUUCGGGGCUGGCCAACCUGUACCGCACGCUAAUGGACGAGCAAUGGCUGCGGGCUCAUGUGCCGGGUGUGGGGCUGCCGGCGACCCUGGGAGGCGGUGUGCCGGAGAUCCGUCACGCGCCAGGGUUUGCGGGUUACGUUGGCGCGUCUGUGGAAAAGGCCCAUGAAGCCGGCUUUGACGCAUUCAUGACGGGCGCUGCCUUCACGCGGCUGCUGCGUUUCGUUGCGGCUAAGGUGGCGAUGCAGGCGAGUAGCUCCCUUGCCGACGGCGGCAGCACCGCUGCCCCUGACGCGGCAGCGCCUGUAGCAUCCAGCAGCGACGCCGAACCAUUGCUUCAACCAUUAGGACCGUACC